AUGGCUGAACAACCCUCCCAAAAAAUAGAUAAGACAACUUGUGAAGGAUUUCCUAAAACCGUUGAGUGCUCUAUCAACCAUGUUGAAGGAAACGAAAGAUAUGGUUGUAGAAUCGAGGGUGAAAAAUAUGAAAAUAAUGAAACGAGUGAAUACUGUCCUAAUGCAACAAGAAUCAGAAGCUUGCACAUGGCCCUGGGGGAAUUAAAAGGCGGAAGUCUGGAACCCAUGCAUAAAAUGCCAGCAGAAGGUGGCGGACUAAAUGAAUCUUGUAGGAGCUGCAACAGUUCACCAAUGGUAAUUGAAGUGAUUGCAAAUGAAUAUGAACAUAAUCUUUUUGCAUCUUAUAUUAACCAUGGGCCUUGCGAAGUAUCAAAUCUUAAUUGUAUUAAACCGGGAUCAAAUCUUGAAGAUUAUGUUAAUGAAGUUCAAGAGUAUGGUUUCAAUCAUAUUAUACUCAUUGGAGUGCGUGAGCAUGGAAUAAUUUUCCUAAAUUGCUAUGGUCGUCUUUUUAUAUUAGAUACAAUGACUGGCGUAUUGUGGCCACUUGGAGAUACUUUAGAUGAGGCAGUAACGAAGCCAUGGACUGGCGAAUUGGCGUGGAAUGUUGAUGAAGCUGGGACUAUUUUUGAAGUCGAGUAUUAUGGCAUUAUUCGUGGAGUUAAAGAAGAUCAAAAACCCCUGAAAAUUGAGGAAACCCAUAAGAAAACCAAAACUAACAAAGGAAAAAAAAAGAAAAAGAAGGGCAUACUUUUUUGA